GUGGUCAAAGCAUACUUCAAGCAAUUUGAAAGAGAUUUCAUCCUGUUCUUGAAGUCUCGAGCUGAAGAAAUGAUCCCUGGUGGUCACAUGGUCAUAACAACGAUGGGCAGCAUCAAAAGUGAAGACCCUCUUAGCAUUUGGGAAUUUGUGGGAUUGAAACUCAAUGACAUGGUCUCUGAGGGCUUGAUUGAAGAGGCAAAAUUGGAUACCUUCAAUAUGCCAUACUACGCCCCUACUACAGAAGAAGUAAAGAAAGUGGUAGAAGCAGAAGGAUCUUUCACUUUGACGAGACUUGAAACUUUCAAUAUGGAUUGGGACAGUUACAUAAAAAAGGCUAAUAGCAGCCUUGGAAAGCAAGAAAGAGCAGUGAUAAUUGCCACUGACAUUAGAGCAGUUGGUGAAGCCAUUUUGGCAAGUCACUUUGGGAAAUCAAUCAUGGAUGAGUUGUUUAGAAGGUUCAAAGAUGAUGUUCUUGAUUACAUGGAGACAAAUAAAUGCCAAUUUAUCAAUGUUGUUGUCUCCUUGACAAAGAAUCACUGAACCUUCAUCAGUUAUAUGCCAUAAAAUAGUUACUCUACAUUUAUUGUUAUUGUCCUUGGCCAAUGCCUAUGAAUAUGUAAUGCAUGUUAAAUCUGUCUAGAAUGUGUAAAAGAAUCAGUACAAUCUAUGUGAGGGCUGUUAGAGUGGGGAUGUUGGUGGCCGGCAGGAUUGGUUUGACUGGCAUUUGUGGCAAAGCAAUGGGUUGCAGGUACUGGUGAUCGCUGUCUCUAUAAUUAAUAUAUGCCUAUGUUGUCUGAUCUGAAUAUAGUCUGAAAAGUUUUAUGAGUGGUGGAAGGAUACUUAUUGGGGUAAUUGUUUUGUAUUUUGAGAUUAAAUUGUGAUGUAAUGAUUGAAAUAUCCUUUGUACUUUGAAUAAUAAAAAUGUGGUUACUUG